AAAAGCAACCCCAGUUACUCUGAGGUCAAGAACGGAUGAAGCGCACUCUUUUCAAAAGAGUACAGAUUAUGGACAGGCCUGCAGCUGAAGUAAUGGAGCAGUUUCCUUUUCUUGGGGUGCCACAGCUUAUGCUGCAUGAAAUGACAAUGAGGUUUGGAACAGACUUGGCGAAGAACAUGGAAACAUCUCUAAAUGAAAUGGCCCCAAACAUCAUCAGGAGUGCAAAAGAAGGAAGUCAAAAAAACCUCUACGCAAAUCUCAUUGGACCAGCAGAGGAAACCACAGAGGGUCUCGUUAGGAAUGCUGCACUCAUUUUAUUGCCAGCACUAUUUAAAGAAAAUGCCACUUUCCUCUACUGUGUGGAUAGUGAACCCAAAGGUCCUACACCCACCAUUGUGUUUAACGGCUCUCCUGAUCCCCUCAAGGCUGAAAGUGUCAGCAUUAUAAUGGACAACGUGACCAUUAUAAGAGAGGCAGACAUCGACAUGACACAGGCUGUGGAAUGCCUGUUUGCUGUCUAUUUUCUUUUCAAUGUGCAAUACCCGGUUCACAUUAAGCACACAAUGACUUUUAUUCAAAAAUACAUGCUUAAACUUAGGCAAGAGCAUGUCAAAAGAACACCAAUACCUGUACUAAAAAUGUACAGUCAACUUCUGUAAAUUGUAGUGAUAUUUAAUACGUUUUAAUUGUUCAUGUAUUGUUUUUUAUCUGCAUUGUCAAAUAUCAGAAAAUAUAUUUUUUUCUUGUACAGUACUUAACUUUUACAUGUAUCUCUGAAAUAUGUACAUACAGUACAUAAACAAUCUUAUUUAUAUUUAUUGCAAAGCGAAAAUGCUUAAAUUAAAUAAUUCACACUAAAUGGUUGAAUGUAAUAAAACAUCUUAAAUGUAAAAAGGUUUUGCUGUCUAAUACAGUAUACAGAGGUGCAAUU